AUAUUCUUGGUUGGUUUUACCAACAAAUCAUCUUGUAGAUCCAUGUAAAUCUGAUAUAUACAAGUCCUCUGUAAGAAAUUAUGUUGUACUGGUCUUGUUUCAUUGCAAAACUGUUGGACUCUCCAUUGUUGAAGAGAUCAAAAUAAGGAUCCAUUGAUUUGAUGACUGAUGAGUUACAUAUUGCAUAUUGGAUGGAGAUAAGAGCGAGGGGAUGUUGUUCUGUACAGCUUAUUGACGGUGGUAUAUACAAUGUCUCUGGCAUUGGUCAUUUCAUUAAAGAGGUGAAACUUGGAGCGUGUGGCCUCCUCUCCAUCAUGGGUCCUCAAAGCAGCGGUAUGCAAAUAUACAAUACAGAACAGUGUUUAACAGUAAUCUGAUUGACAGAAUCUCAUAGAACAUUUGUGGUUUUUGACAGGGAAGAGUACACUAUUGAAUAGUUUGUUUGGAACAAACUUUAUGGAGAUGGAUGCAUUCAAGGGAAGGUAUGUAUUAUGAUCUUAGAUCGUAACCUUCAAUUAUUGAUAUUCCAAACACCAAUUACAGCAAGAACGACACUGAUUAUGCAGAACUAGAGAUUACAAUCACAUAUCGAUCAUAACGUCUCAUGCAAGUUUCCACAAUAUUCAGCAUAACCGCUUGAGACGCCAGCUUCGGCAGCAGUUGUUUCCAAAGAGAUUGUUUUUCCUUCGUUACGGCUAGAACUUGCGAGUUUUCAAUAGAAUAAGAAGCCAAAGUUUUUUGGGUAUUCUAAAACUAAACAAGAGCUUUACAUUAUCGUUCUGCUAUAUUAGUCGAUAUCAGAACGAGCACUUUGAUUAUGUUUCCAUACCACAUGUUCCUCGAAAGUACAUGCUAUUUCAUCGAGGAAUAUCCAUUUGUUUCAUCUGAUUUUUUUUAUGAGAAGUUCAAAGAAAUUUAUGGUGAUCCGUGUAUGACGUAAACGAAGAUGAAGGUAAAAAAAAAUUUGUCCUCCGAUCUUUGAUAUCUACGAUGGUGUAGAUCCGAUGUUAUAUGAUUUGGAUCCACUCGUUUCUAUCUUUGAUGAGGUACAAUUGCUUAUUUGCUUAAUGACGCGUGUGCACAAGAUGACAAAACCAGCUUUUGACAUGUCUUAUGCGUUGACAAAAACAUUGUGUGGACUUAACAUGUUUACCAAAAAAAAAAAAACAUUGUGUGGAGAAUUUUUAUCAGCAAAAUGUCAUUGAAGUCUGGUGUGACUUGUCCCUUCCUUCGACAAAGUCAACUUGUCUUAUACCAAAUAUGUCAAUGUAAGUAAACACUUUAUGAAGAUUUUCAAGCUUGCAAUGAAUUUUGACGUUCAAAAUUGUGAGUGAGCAAUUUUUUUAUUGUAGAUGCAUCAAACACUAAGAUUUGAGGGUGAAUCUUCUCCGAUCCGAAAAGAAUUAUGCAAAGCAAAUAUUUAAAAUAUUCUAAAUACUUUAAUUAUUUUUAUUUAGUUAUUUUAUUCUUUAAAAAAAUUAUAGUAUUAGUUAUUGUUUAAUACUAGUUGAUAAUUAGUAGUUGGUGUCUAUUCUUUUAAUAUUAGGGUUUGAGUUCUAUAUAAAUAAUCAUCCUCUUGGUUUUGUAGAGGACUAGCUAUUAUUGAUUAUUAACAAAUAAAUUGUUUCUUCUUUAAACUCUUGUUGUAACUAGAAUUUGUGGAUUCUCAACGGAAUAAAAAAUUUUAAUCUCUUGGAUAUUCUAAAACUAAACGAUAGCUUUACAUAGCUUCCACUACACCACAUAAAGAAUAAUCGAUAGAAUCAAAGUUGGCGAUAAGAAAAUGCGAGGAAAUGGUCAUUUCUCAAGUAAGACUAUAUACAAAGUUGUUUUUUUUUUUGCAACACAAAGGUUUUUUAUUUAACUUAUACUACUUUUUUUUUUAAUUUUAACAUUUUAGAUCUUUUAGUCUAUUAAAUGAAAAACACACUAACAAAGUAACCUUGAUUUCGGGUGAAAUUUAUACAAUUAAUUUGUCAUUAAAAAUUGGGGGCCCUUAAAAAUUACACUAAUUUUAGAAUGAUAUACAACUAUGACUUCAAAUUAUUUGAUUCUCAUGUUCAUUUUAUUAACCGGUGAAAUUUAUGUGUGGUAUACGCUGUUAUGUUGAUCUAACCAAAAAUGAUUUACACAACAUAUUAUUUUGUUGGUUUGAAUAUUGAAGGGGCCAUAUUAGCAAAUACAUACUAUAUAAAAACACUGUAAAAUCAUGACCAACUUAUUAUUUUGCUGCAUAAAAUGAAAAUAACAUCCGCGCAAAUGAGUGGAUCAAAUUUUAAUUUUUUAUUUAUUUCCAUAUAAUCAUUCAACAUUGAUUCACCUUUUAUUAAACUUUUAUAUUAUACAAUGAUUUUGUUUUAAAAAAUUUACAUCAUAUUUUAACAUUGUAUUGCGAAUUAUUCUUAUAUAUUUUUUGUAAACACAUAAAAUAUGUUUAGUUGCAUAAUUAAGUGUUUCCUGAAAAAUACUAUAUAAAAAUAUUUUUCUAUGUUCAAAUUGUAAAUAAAGUUUCUAGUUGAAAAUGAUGUAUAUUUUAUUUUAAAAAUUGUAAAAAUUGGAAUGUGUAAAAAAUUAAAAAUUUCAUCAUUCAUUUAUAAUUUAACACUUAUAUUAACCUUUAUUUUAUUUUUUUGAGAAAAAAGUUUGUGGAUCUUCAUACAUUUAUUUGAGUUGAUUGAUAUAUAAUUGUCCACAUCAAUAGUGCCCCGUUGUUUUCUCCUCGGACGAAUCUUUUUUUUAUCCACUUUGUUUUGUUUGAUUUUUUCAAGACCACCAUUAAUACAUUAAUUAUACUUCGUCUACAAAAUGCGAGGAAGGUAGAGAGGAAAUGAAAAAAAUUCAUGGCCGUACACGCCUUCACAAACACGACUAAAUCUAUAAAAGUGUCAUUCAAAUUGUUUUUUAAAAAAGACUAUAAAGGGGGGCUAAUUCGCUUGUUGACAAAAAUAAUACUAAUAGAAAACUCACUUGAGAGAAUCAUUAAAAUGCCUUCUAUUACAGCAACUACCUCCCUCAGGAACUACGAUGUCUUUCUGAGUUUCAGAGGACUCGACACUCGCCGCAACAUCGUCAGCUUUCUCUACAAAGAGCUUGUUCGGAAGAACAUUCGUACUUUCAAAGACGACAAGGAUCUUGAGAGUGGUCGGAUGAUUCCGCUGGAGCUCGCACGCGCCAUCGAACAGUCGAAACUUGCCGUAGUUGUGAUCUCCAAGAAAUACGCAGCGUCCACUUGGUGCCUCGAAGAGCUCGUCAAGAUAAUGGAUUUCGUCAACAAGGGCUCCCUCACCGUGAUUCCAGUCUUCCACAACGUGAAUCCCUGUCACGUGAGGAGACAGAUCGGUCAAGUCGCCUUACAGUUUAAGAAGCAUGAGAAGAGAGAAGAUCACGAGAAAGUCCUCUCCUGGAGGCAAGCAUUGACCACUCUGGCGAAUAUCUCCGGCUAUUGUUCAAGGAAAAGCAAAGAUGAAUCGACGAUGGUCGAAAACAUUGCUGAGAAGAUAUCUAUGUUGAUUCGUACAAGGAAAACAAGAAGCAAUGAGAGGACUGAUGGGCACAUGGAAGACAAGCAGCUUCUUGUUUCUGCCCGCAUAAAGCUUGUUUACGAAGUAGAGCUUCUGAGGUUCGGGAAGGGUUAGGUUGUCUUGGUGUUAUAUCUGGUUAGGGGAAAGUGUAAAUCAUUUUUCAUGUAUCACUAAGUUUAGUAUAUGACUAAACUUUAGUAAUAUGUGGCGGGGAAUGUUUUAUUCUAUUUUUGGAGUGGGUUUGAUGGUGUAUAGGAGAAUUAUUAUUUUUUUAUUUGUUUGAGUGAAUAAUACACAAUUUUUUUUU